AUGCACGGCCGGCCCCGCGUCUACGUGCGGUUUCGGCCUCCGACGGAGGUGAAGCUUCCGGCGCUGAAGGGGCCGGGCAUCCCGACGAGCGACACCGAGGUGCCUGUACUUCUCGGGCGCCGCCGCGACCAGGAGGAGGAGCCCGCGUCCCGACGGAUCAGCCUCGAAGGGGAGCACACCAUCAAGUUCCCCUGGAAGUCCCAAAGCAAGGAGGAGUGGAAGGAGGUGCAGGUGCAGGUGGACCAUGCCUUCACCGAAGACUCGUCACAGGAUGCAGUCUAUUCCAGGGUUGGACCUGAGAUGCUGGAUUUCGUCCUCAAGGGCUUCCGUGGGCUCAUCUGCACCUACGGCAUCACUGGGUCCGGGAAGAGUUACACCAUGCUCGGGGAGCAAGGGGGCUCCGGCCUGGCCCAGCGUCUCAUUGAGGAGCUCUUCUUACGCGGGCUGCCGGACUUCUCGGUGAGUUUGCAGGCCAUCCAGCUCCACCAGAACGACUUCACCGACCUCGGGCUCCCGGAGAUGCCGAGUCUGAAAGAUCUCAAGGUCCAGAGCGGCAACGGCUCGGAAAAUACCGGCGCCCAGGAGUUUGAGUUCCGGAGCUCCGAUCCGGCGUUGGCCUGGCUCUCGGAGGUCCUCGGCCGCCGGGCGAAGCUGAAGACCAGGAGCCACUUCCUGCUGCGGGUGAAUAUCCGCUUUACUUCCGGCGGUGCCGCGCUGAGUGCCGUGCUGGACCUGGCCGACCUCGCCGGCUGCGAGAAGAUGGACGAAGGUUUGGAUGUAGCUGCCAAGAAGAACCACAUGACGAUCCAGGCCGGGUUGAGCAAUCUCCGGCACUGCAUCGAGGCCAAGGUCAAAGGCAAGGCCGUGCCGUUUACGUACUUCAGCCUGCCUCGGCUGCUGGCGCCAGACUUCCGGGGAGAUGCCUCGAUCUCCUUCGUCAUCAACUGCCCGAGCCUCUCGGACGUCGACCGCACGGCCGAGACCUCGGAGACCCUUGACCUGGCGCGCUUCAUUCUGAGGCUCGAGCUUGCCUACCGGGCCCAAAAAGCCACUGUGCAGCUGACGGCGGAGGAGCUCCUGAAGUCUGCCGAGAGCCGCGCCGAGAGGGCGCCGACGCCCAAGGCGGAGGCCCCGGUGAAACCCAUGCCCUCCGACGACCGGGAGAUCCGGAGGCUCCGGAAGAAGUUGGAGAGGCGGAACCAGGAAGUGCAGGAGCUGCGGAAGCAGCUGGAGGCCCAGCGCCUGGGUCCUCUGCUGAAGAGGAGUCUGGAGAAGGCCUCAUCCGAAGAGGUCCGGGAACUCUUGAAGGAGGUGGAGCAGCGCUACCCGGAGAUCCUGCAGGCUUGGCCGCGCUGGCGGGAGCAGCUGGAGAAGGGCGACUUCCAGGACCACCUCCUUGAGGUGCAGAAGGCUGUGGAUCAGCGCGAGAUGCAGCUCCAAUCAUUUCAGUGGCUCCUCCAGCGCAAGGAGGAGCUGCAGAACUGCGAGGAGCUGCCCGAGGAGGUGCGGCAGCUUCGGCAGCAGCAGGUGGCAGCGUUGGAUCUGCUUCUGGACUCGGCCGGCUUGUCGAAUGAGCAAAGAGCAGACUUGGCCAAGGAGGCCGCGCAGAAAGAGGCGCUGCAGCAGAAGCUGCAGAAGAAGCAGGAGGAGAUCGGGCUUCUGGAGACGAACUUGCACCUCGCUGGUGCCAGGGACGAUGCACCCGUGAAGAAGGAGCUGUUGGAGGACCUCGCGGCUUUCGGCAUCGACGAGCUCAAGCAAGCGGUGGAGCGUCUUCCUGGGUCCACCUCCACCUUGCAGCACCUGCUCAUGGCGCACCCCUCCUGGAAGCAGCGCUUCUACCAGAUCGGCGGCUUGGAGAAAAUCCUGGAGAAGAUGGAGAGGACCAAGAAGGCCUUCUAUCAUCAGCGCUUGGCACAGUGCCUGUGCCGCACACUGGACAUGGAGAAAGUUGGCAGGAAGGAUCGUUCAGAGCUCCUCCCACGCUUGGUGAAACAAGUUCUCGACAUCACAAACGGGAUCCGAUUUCCUCUGGAUGCCAACAGCGACGAGAGUCGUAUUCUGGAGUACAUGGAUUUGAUGGAAGCGGUCGCCCAGGACAAGGAGGCUCGGUGCUUGCUGGUGCGAGGAGACGCUGUUGCCAAGGCAUUGCAGUUCACGCAGCACCGCGCACAAGCCGUGGCUGCUGCGGCCCUGAACGCCUUGGGACAAGUUGCAAGCGACGGCGUGGAGGAGGUGUCACUGCCGGCCGAUGCUUUGCGCUGGAUGCUGAGCCUCCUGCGCAGUGGCCAGUCAGCGCGACUCAAGAAGGCGGCGGCGCAGUGCCUUCAGCGGCUCUGCUAUGGGUCCUCGGCCUCGGCGCAGGCCUUGCGCCGAAGUCUGGACCAGCUUCAGGCAGUGCCUGAGCUCCUCGCGGCGGCGCGGCAUUUUCAGAGCGCGGAGCAGCAGGUGGGCCGGAACGACGGAGCCGAAGUGGCCAGGCACGUGAAGAACGCGGCCUUGCUGAUGUUGAACGACCGCAACAUCACGCCCGAACCAGAUCCGAGCCACGGCCGCAUCGUGUUGGAGGCCAUGGCAUACGCCACAGCCAAGUCUUUUGCCAAGGAGAUAGCCUUCAACAAUGAAGCGGCUGGCGUCCAGUGCUUCGGGCACGUGAAGUUGGGUGCUUGGACGGCUCAGCCGGCGACGGCUGGCGGCCCGCUCGAAUGCUCACUGUCGUGGAUGAACCCCAUGUUCGCCUUGCGCUUCCCACCUGGUCGGAAGGCGGCCGUGGCGGUGGCAGUUAUCGAUCCUGACGCCGAGUCCCGGCGGGAGCAUGGGCCCAGCCAGCAGCGGAGCCUCUACCACGUCUCCAGGAUCAUGACCGUGAAGCGAGCCCACUCCGCCGAGGGCGCGGAGGAGAAGGAUCAGGCCAAGUUCUUGGAGGACCUGGUCGACCGAGGCUUCAACUCACCGCUGUUUUGGCAGGGUUUGCAGAGCGCUGCUCCGUUCAUGUCUGAAGAUGUUACGGCGCAGCACGUCGAGGAGCUGAACACGGACGACUCUCACAUACUCAUGCUGUCUAUGGGAACUGCUCUGCAAGAGAAGCGAUACGUGGUCAGCGUUUGUGCGGAUGCGCAGCUCGAGCUCGUGCCUCUUUCCACAGAAGGUUGGCAGAGGCGCAGCUUUGCAGGGCAAUGGCGCAGCUCGAUACCAGGAUCUGCUCAAGCCAUGAUCGAUCUGCAGCAAGUUUUCCCGCAGCUGAUCCUUACAAACGCGGCAACCUCCUCGGCCAGCGUCUGCUUCAUCCUCUCCUUCACUUCGAAGGAUGCGCAGCAUGUGAAGAAACACAAAUGGCACGAGGAAGACGAUGAGGAGAAUAUCGAUGCAUCCUGCCCAGGCGCUUCUUACCCCUUGCUUGACAUACAGCUUUUCGAGACUGGCAAGCACCCGAUUCAACGCUACGUGGGGGGCGGCUUUGGUGUAGCCAAGAACCGGAAAACCUCCAACGAGUGGGUGGCCUUGGGAGCACAGCUGCCACCCUGCAGCACCCACAGUCUGGUGAUAGGUCGGUGCUGGGGUCACACACAGAAGCAGUUGCCGGACAAGGCGGAGUUCCAGUCAUUUCGGCUCUUGGUGCUGUCUGAUUGCGAGCUGGAGAUGCAACCGGUCCGCUGUAGCAACGAGUGGCGCGUGGCAUCGUCAAGGCUGCUACGGGUUCAGGACACGAAGGCCUCCUCCAAGCUGAAGCUGCAACUGAAAGAUGGAUCAUCCUCCGAGUCAGAGGCCUCCCAGAAGCCGAGACAUCCGGUGAAAAUCAUGGUGACCACAUGUGCGGGUGAGGAGUCACCGGCUUACAUGAUGCUGCAAGCCUUUCCGCCCGACGGAAAAGUGGAGGUCGAGCCGGUGCUAUGCCCCUCGAAGGACGGAAAAAGAGUCUUCCUGUCCCCGAACGUACACAAUGAGUACGAGCUCAGCGGCGGCGACUGGACGAUCAACAUCAACUACCAUCCCCAGUGCAAGCCCGGCUUCUUGCUCGGCGUGCGCGUCUUCAGCCUCUGUGAUCUGGAGCUGCAGUGGCAAAGCCCCACCGAAGCUCCCGAGAAGGUAGAUCCCGGCAGUGACUUUGAGCGGAGCUUCAUCCAAGAGUUCCGAACCCAGCUCCCCUCCUGGCAGCAUCCCCACAGCGACGAGGAUCUGCGGAUACUGGGCUCUCCUUGA